AUGCCUCUUCCACUCAACAUCGUCGAGAAGAUCCUGGACAACGCCGAUUACCGAACUCUGCUGAAGUUUUCGAGAUCUUCUAGGAUGGCUAAUUUUGUAGCCCAGCCUCUCUUGCAGUACGUUACCAUAAAUGAUGAAAUAUUGAAUUGUCCGGUUAGAGAGGAGCAUCGGUGGAUAAACUUCGAUUUUCAUCUAGGACCUUUUUCAAAUUCUUGCGUUCAAGUGAAACAAAUUAAAACAUGUUCUCCGAGAGAAUCGAGGAACGGCUAGAACAGGGGGCAAAAAAAAUUCAAGUUGCUUUUUACGAGCUCAUACUUCUAUCACAACAACUACAGAUGCAUACAAAACUUUUGAACGAGGUUUUGUAAGGCUCCGCCACUUUUGAGGAUUACUGUGACCGAAAUAAGAAAAAAAUCUAAUUUUUUUCUUCGUGGUCCAAAUUGAAUAAAACUUUUUUUAAACGAAAGAUGAUGCCUAAAUGAACAGCUUCUUCCAAUGGUCUCGGCGCUUCGAAACAAGCACAACCAAAACACUGAUUGUAUUUUACUAAGAUCAGAUUGAAAAAUUGUUUUGAAAAAGAGUUAUAAGUUUUCAAAAUUUUCGAGAGAAAAAAGUUGGAUCUUUUUCGUAUUUCGGCUACAGUAAUCCUCAAAAGGGGCGGAGCCUUACAGAACCUUGUUCAACAUCUGUAGUUGCUGUGAAUUUUUGAAAAAAACAACAUGAAUUUUUUGUGCCCACUGUGAAUCGCAUAUCUCAGAGAACAUUUGUUAAUAACACUAACGCUCAUUUUCAACCGAUCCACCUGAUUGACUUUGAAUUUUGUCUAUAAAUGAGAUCAGUCUUAUUGACUGCUUGAAAUUCUUCAUAAAAAUCUUCAAAAUGUUUCAAGGUUUUCUGAGCGUAGAAAUCUACCCAUUUUUAUGAAUAGCGUUCAGUAAAAUGUCCUUGCUUAAGCGAAAAACAAAAACAAAAAACACAAAAAGAGGAGAGAUAUUUUAAAAACUUCAGAGAGAGAAAAGCGCCAAUCAGCGCUAAAAUCGUUUUCGAACUCCAAAACGAUUGGCUGAGGGAUUGUGUCUGCGUGACAGAUAUUCAAGACGAGCGGAAGAUGAUCGAAGUGAGUUCAGAGCAUAUUUUUUCUUUUUCACUUUUUUUUCGCUGUUUCAAAAAACCUCAUAAAUAUGCACUUUUUAGUGGAGCAGUCAGGAAGGCGUCGAGCAGGAGCUGUACAAGGAUCUGAGCCAGUACGUCUCGACACAUGUCGUUCUGCACGUGACGAGCUCUGCUCAUUUGAAGAAAACGUCUGUUUUCCCAAAGUUCGCGGAAAUGGGUCUAUUCGCAGAGACCAAAACGGUGAGUUUCCACUUUCCUGCGGCUUCCAAAAUUAAGAAAAGCCUUAAGCUACGUUUGAUUUCGCAAAAACCCAGAUGUAAUUCCUACUUUUUGAAAUAAAACACGACUAUUUUCAGUUAAAAAAACUAUUCAAGUCACAUGCUGAAUUGAAAAAAAUUUUUUUGUUCACGAUUUUCAAAAAAAUAUCAGUAGUAUUUAUUCAAAUUUAUAUAUGGGAAAAAAAGUUUCAGCUCACCUUCCACGUCGACAAGCGGAUGGGGUUCAGGAACUACGCAAAGUGGUUCCCCAACCUUUACCGCUACGACGGUCAGAGAAACACAGGCACUCUGAUCGUCAGAAAGCAGUUCCGAGGCCUUUCGACGUUCCGCAAGUUCAUUGGGAACUAUCCAGCCUCGGAGUUCUUCAGGUGAAUCUCAGAAAAAAGAUCUUAAAAUAAAAAAAAUUCAGAUUGUCGAUGAACGUGAGCGAGGACGUCAUAGUGACAGAUGACUGCCUCGACUUUAUAAUGGAGCAGCACCGAGCCAAGAAGACGCCGCUGAAAGUGUUCGUCCUCAACGUGGAGAGCCAGUUGAGGGCGAACGUUAAUAAAAUCAUCGAAUUUCUGAAGGUAUUUGAGCGCUUAGCUUCAAACCUUAUUAACGCUCUUUUUUUUUCAAGUUCGCCGCUUGGAGCUGCGUCGAAUACAAGGCGAGAGAGCCGCAGAAUGGAGAGGAAGGAGCGGAACAGAAUGUAAGUAUAAAAAACUGAGUGUCUGAAAAACCACUUCGAAAAAUUUUUCUUAUUUAAAUGCAAUUUUUCUAUUUGAGAAACAUAGCAUUUUCAUGGAAAGAAUUAUUUUUCAGGCACCUCGAUGCUACAUCGAAAUAAGCUCUCCAUUCGAAGAGAGCGACGACGACAGCAAGACGAAAAUGAAGUUCGCCUUGCAGCGGAUGGGGGUAACUCCCACGGAAACGGCCUGGAAGCCCUCGCGAGACCGUUUCCGACCCGAGUACCUCUUUUUCUGCUGGGUCUUCAAGCUGGGGACGACCGAAAUGGUCUUCCGCUUGCAAGACCCUCCCUACGACACGGAAUUCCAAAACGUCGUUGUAGGGAGUCCUUACAACAAUGAAUGA